AUGACUGCUUUAUCAAAAGCAAUACCAUCUAUUCAUUAUUAUUAUUAUUAUUUAUGCUUAUUAUUUAUAUUUAUUAUUCCUAUUGAAAGUUUAAGACCAUUCAUACAUAGACGUUUCCAAGAUGAUACAGCACCUAAAAAUUAUAAAGAUUAUAAAUUAUUUCGUAUUAAUCCAAGAAAUCAAGAAAAUUUAGAAUAUCUUAAAGAUUUAUUUUCUCAUGAUUCACCAUAUGAAUUAGAUUUUUGGCAACCACCAACACAUAUAGGAGGUCUUGUUGAUGUUACUGUUAAUCCAGAAGAUUCUAAAAUUUUUGGUAGAGAUUUAGAUUCAAAACAACUUGAUUAUUCUAUUGCUAUUGAUGAUCUUGAACAAGCUAUUAUAGAAGAAAAAAAUGUUAAUACAACACUUGAUUCAUCAUACAUGAAAGAUAUUGGAUACCUAAGACUUGACAAAUAUAAUACAUUUGAAAAUAUUGAAGAAUAUCUUAGAAAAUUAGAAUUAGAUAAUCCUGAAUUAGUUACAUUAUUAGAAAUUGGUAAAAGUCAUGAAAAUAGAAGUAUAACAGUUGUAAAAAUUGGUACUAAAAGACCAUAUGGUUGUAAAAAAUUAGGAUUUUGGAUAGAUGCUGGUAUUCAUGCACGUGAAUGGAUUGCUCCAGCAACAGCUUUAGUAUUUAUUGAUAAACUUGUUAAAGGAUUUAAUGAUGAUGCUGUUAUAAGAAAUUAUCUUGAUAAUAUUGAUUUUUAUAUACUUCCUGUUAUGAAUCCUGAUGGUUAUGUUUAUACUCAUACUUCUAAUCGUAUGUGGAGAAAAAAUCGUAGACCAGCACAAUGUAAAAAAAAUUAUUUCCAUACUAUUUGUUGUGCUGGUGUUGAUUUAAAUCGUAAUUUUGAUUGGUUUUGGGCAUCAUCUGGUUCAUCAUCAGAUCUUUGUCAUGAAACAUUCCAUGGAUCAUCAGCAUUCUCUGAACCAGAGUCACUUGCUGUUAAAGAAUUUUUAGAAAAAAAUCCAAUGAAAUCAUUUAUAUCACUUCAUUCAUAUUCACAAUUAUGGCUUAUACCAUAUGCCCAUAGAAGAAGAUCAUAUCCACAAGAUUAUGCCACAAAUUUGAGACCAUUAGCUCUUCGUGCAACUAAAGCUAUUAAUAAUCUUCAUGGUACAAAGUAUGCUGUUGGUACGGGAGCUGAUUUAAUGUAUGAAGCAGCUGGUGGGUCACAUGAUUAUGCUAAAGGAGUACUAAAAAUUCCAUAUUCAUAUUUAAUUGAAUUAAGACCUAAAAAUUCUAUGAUGGGUAAUGGUUUCUUAUUACCAGAAAGUGAAAUUGUAUAUACUGGUGAGGAGACAUUUGAAGCUAUUAAAGUUAUUAGUGAUGAAUUAAUUGGACAAUAUGGUAAACCAAAAGAUAUUGCUUGUAAAGUUAAAGUAAUUAUUAAUCCAAUUAAAAAGAUUACUACAACAAAACUUCCAAAAAUGAUAAGUGUAAAAACAACAACUACUGAAGAACCAAUUACUACAACAACUAUGGAAUCUACUACAACUACCACAACUGAAAUUCCUACUACAACAACUGAAGUUCCAAUUACUACAACUGAGAUUCCUACCACAACAACUGAAAUUCCAACUACAACAACUGAGAUUCCUACCACAACAACUGAGAUUCCUACUACAACAACUGAGAUUCCAACUACUACAACUGAAAUUCCAACAACUACAACUGAAAUUCCAACAACUACAACUGAAAUUCCAACUACAACAACUGAGAUUCCUACUACAACGACUGAAAUUCCUACUACCACAACUGAGAUUCCUACAACUACAACUGAAAUUCCUACCACUACAACUGAGAUUCCUACCACCACAACUGAAAUUCCUACUACUAUUACUUCUACAACUGAAUUACCAACAACUAUAACAACUGAAGAAAUUACAAGCACUGAAUCUAAAUCAUCAUCAUCAGAGUCAUCCUCCUCAGAAAGUAGUUCCUCAUCAAUGGAAACAUCAACAGAAUCACAAUCAUCUCCAAAACCUGAAGAAGUCAAAUAUUUUUCAACAGAAAUAGUAACAAAAAAACCUAUAGCUGAAAUUUCAACAGCAAUUCCAACAUCAGAUAUAAUUGAUACAACAACAAAUAAUGUAAAAAUUAUAGAUAAUGUUGAAAUUACAACAACAACAACAAUUCCAGAAAAUAAUAAUAAUAAUAAUUUUAUGUCAACUGAAAUUAAUAAUAUAGAAACAACUACAGAAAAAAUAAUUAUGAUAACAGAACCAUCUGAGAUGGUAAAGAGUACCACAAAAACAAAUAAAAUAAUUGAAGGAGAAAUCAAAAAUUCUAUUAAAAAUGUUGAAGAAAUUAUUGAUGAAAGUAAUUUAAAACAAGUAUUAUCAUCAUCACCAGUACCAAUAAAGGUAUCUGAAAAAAUAACAGAAUCUUCUAAACAUUCCUUUCUUGGUUCAAGUACUGACAAAUCCAGCAUUAAUAAUGACAAAAAAGAACAAUCUAGAGAUAAAAUUUUAGAAGAAGAAAAAAUAAUUAAUUUACCAACAACAUCAAAAUUAUCCACUAUAAAAGAAGAAGAAAAAGAAGAAGUACCAUCAACAAAAAAAUAUGUUGUAAAACAUGGAAAAAAAAUUUUUAAAGGACAAAAUAGAGAAUUAAAGAAACCAAGUCAUUGUAAAGAUUAUGGUUCAUACUGUAAAUGGUGGAAAAUUCAUGAUUUAUGUGAUAAACCUCGUGUUCGUCAAUUAUGUUCAUUGUCAUGUCUUCCAGAGUGCCGUUAA